GCUUCGUUCUUUUUCCACGCAGUAAGGAGCAAUCUCGCAACUCCGAAAACGAUAUAAUCGAAGACCAUCCACCCCGGAGAAAAUCUGUAUCUCGCCCUUCACAUCCAGUCUGUAUCCCAUCUACUUCGCUGAUAUUAUUCUUUUCGGCCGUAUUUUAGGUGUUGCCAGUCCACCAUGAUCUCAGGCAUAUUGUAUUCGGCUGCUGUCUUCGUCGCGAGAAGUCCCAUGUUAAGCCUACUAAGGCAGUUCCCAAACCGACAAUCCAGCCUCAACUCCAUUCCUCUGCAUUACCACAUACUAACACGACCUUUGCGCCCACAUGUAACGACGAAGGGACCACCUCGCUCGAUUUAAAUUAUACGCAUGCAUCUCUCCCUCAACUCGACCCCACAUGCUCCGACUUCAUCUAUGAUGUUUUGCUCUUUACGAAGGAAGGAAAGAAAAUACGUCGAUUACUGGUACUAGACUUUCGGACUGAUGUCAACAUCAUGUCUGAGGGCGUGUACCAAAGAUUACAUACGAAGGCCUCCUCCUGCGACCCAUCGAUCGUCCUUCAGGUGGCCGGAAUGGGGGAGGUCACUCCAUUAGGCAGCGUGGAUGUGGACUGGAGUCUAUGGGCAGAUAGCACGGUUUAUAGUACAAGAUUUUAUGUGGUGGAGGGAUGUCAGUUCGAUCUGCUCUUGGGACGACCGUCCGUGAUCGACUAUCAGCUUUCUCGGAAAGAUGCAGCAGUGGGCUCGAGGAUUCGGUCGUCAUAUCAGGGUUCAUGAGCGAGAUAUAGGUCCUGGAGGUAUGCAAUUUAGGGCUUAGGAACUGGGCCUGUCUAUCUAUCUAUCUAUUUUAGUCUAGCAGUGGGUCAAUGUUGAGGAUAAUUGCUGAUUCC